UGACUUAAGAUUUUGAACAUCUAUGUUAAUCACUGAAUCAAAAUUCCUGUCCUUGUUGAGUUGUUUUUUCCUUGACCAUGGCCUUCCUGCUGGACCUGACUAAAUGAAGAAGUUAGGUUUGUCGUCUGUAAUAUUCUAGGGUUUUUGGAAACCUCAAUUCAAGACACUGCCCUCAACAUCAGGGAAGGUUGCUUCUGAAUUUUUUCUGAUCACUGGUAGGUCUCCAUACUUUAGGCAUGGGGCAUAGAAAUGCUAAAUGUCCCAGUAUUAUUGUAUUCUAGUCACACACACUGCUGAAGAUAACUGAUAACAGAGUUUCAAAGCAAAUAUUCCUUCUAUUUUGCCCUAGAGUAAUGUUUUGUUUUUCAAUUCAUUUGUUAUGUUGGUUGCUUCCCAGUGAAAAUAUUUUAUGUUAGAUCUUCCUUUUACAUCCUAACGUUGAGGCAUGGAUAAGAUUAACCAGACAUUUGUGAGAGAUUUCAUUCUUCUGGGACUCUCUGGUUACCCCAAGCUCGAGAUUAUCUUCUUUGCACUGAUUCUAGUGAUGUAUCUAGUGAUUCUAAUUGGCAACGGUGUUCUCAUCAUAGCAAGCAUCUUUGACUCCCAUCUUCACACCCCCAUGUACUUCUUCCUGGGCAACCUCUCUUUCCUGGAUAUCUGCUACACAGCCUCCUCUGUUCCCUCAACAUUGGAGAGCUUAAUCUCAAAGAAAAGAAACAUUUCCUUCUCUGGAUGUGCAGUGCAGAUGUUCCUUGGGUUUGCAAUGGGGUCAACAGAGUGCUUCCUCCUUGGCAUGAUGGCUUUUGAUCGCUACGUGGCCAUCUGUAACCCUCUGAGAUACCCCGUCAUUAUGAGUAAGUUUGUGUAUGUGCUGAUGGCUUCUGUGUCAUGGCUUUCUGGUGGAAUCAACUCAAUUGUGCAAACAGCUCUUGCCAUGCGUUUGCCUUUCUGUGGAAAUAACAUUAUUGAUCAUUUCUUAUGUGAGAUAUUAGCUGUCCUAAAAUUAGCUUGUGUUGAUAUAUCUCUCAACAUUACUAUGCUAGCAGUAUCAAAUAUGGCCUUCCUAGUUCUUCCACUUCUGGUCAUUUUUUUCUCCUACAUGCUCAUCCUCUACACCAUCUUGAGAAUGAACUCAGCCACAGGAAGACGAAAGGCCUUUUCUACCUGCUCAGCGCAUCUGACUGUGGUGAUCAUAUUUUAUGGUACCAUCUUCUCUAUGUAUGCAAAACCCAAGUCCCAAGACAUGGUUGGAAAAAAUGAGAUGCAAGCUUCAGAGGGCCUUAUUUCAAUGUUUUAUGGGGUAGUGACCCCCAUGCUGAAUCCUAUAAUUUACAGCUUGAGAAAUAAGGAUGUAAAAGCUGCUGUGAAAUAUUUGUUGGGUCAAAAAGCUCUAAACAAAUAA